AUGUCUUCUAAAUAUGACGCCAAUGACCCCGAGCCCGCUCACCUGAGCUUCCGCUCCUUCAUCAACGCCCUCCGCGAAGACGGCGAUCUCGCAGACAUCGAAGCCCCCAUCGACCCCAACCUGCAGGCCGCCGCCAUCACCCGCCUCGUCUACGAGACCGACGACAAGGCGCCCUUCUUCCACAACAUCAUCGGCGCCAAAGAUGGCCUCUGGCGCAUCCUCGGCGCCCCCGGCGGCGUCCGCAAGACGCCCGGCCACCAGUACAGCCGUCUGGCACGGCACGUAGCCCUGCCCCCCACGGCCAGCCUGCACGAGAUCCAGGACAAGAUGCUGUCCGCGACGCACCUCCCGCCCAUUGAGCCCGAGAUCGUCGCCACGGGCCCGUGCAAGGAGAACUCCAUCGAGGGCGACGACAUUGACCUGUGGUCGCUGCCCCUGCCGCAGAUCCACCAGUCCGACGGCGGCAAGUAUGUCCAGACCUUUGGCGUACACAUCCUGCAGAACCUCGACGGCAGCUGGACCAACUGGUCCAUCUCGCGAGCCAUGGUGCACGACAAGAACAAGCUCGUCAGUCUGGCCGCCAACCCGCAGCACAUCAGGCUCAUCCACGACCAGUGGGCCAAGGAGGGCAAGAAGGAAAUUCCCUGGGCGCUGGCCUUUGGUGUUCCUCCCACUGCGGCCAUGGCUGCCUCGAUGCCUCUGCCCGAGGGCGUCAGCGAUCCUGGAUACGUCGGCGCCAUGUGCGGCGAGGCCAUGAAGAUGGUCAAGUGCGAUACCAACGACAUCCUGGUGCCGGCCAACUCGGAGAUUGUCUUUGAGGGCACGCUGUCGAUUGAGGAGACGGCCAAGGAGGGUCCCUUUGGCGAGAUGCACGGCUACACGUUCCCCGGAAAGAGCAUCAUCGGCAACGUACACAAGAUCACCAAGAUCACCUACCGCAACAACGCCAUCCUGCCCAUCUCGUCAUGUGGCCGCGCGACUGACGAGACUCACACCAUGCUCGGACUCCUCGCUGCCGCCCGAAUCCGCCAAGUCUGCCAGGACGCCGGCCUCCCCAUCAUCCAGACCUCGUGCCCCUGGUUCGCCCACGCCACCUGGACCGUCCUCAAGGUCGACACCACCAAGCUGCGCGCCCUCAAGACGACCGGCAAGGAAUUCGCAAAGAAGGUCGGCGACCUCGUCUUCAACGUCAAGGCCGGCUUCGCCAUGCACCGCCUGAUCCUGGUGGGCGAGGACAUUGACAUUUACAACGACAAGGACGUGCUGUGGGCCUUCACCACUCGAUGCCGGCCCAACCUGGACGAGGUUUUCUUCGAGGAGGUUCUCGGCUUCAGACUCAUUCCCUUCAUGGGCUAUGGAAACGGUGACCCCGUCAAGGGCGGCAAGGUUGUGAGUGAUGCGCUGCUGCCGGUGGAAUUCACAACGGGCCAGAACUGGGAGACGUGCAACUUCAAGAACGCCUACCCGCAGAGCGUGCAGGACCAGGUGCUGAAGGACUGGGAGUCGUUUGGAUUUGCCAAGUUGCAGGAGUAA